UGGCUGCAGGAACCACAAGUUCCAGUCUAGGUCGGAAUUGGAAAAAUCAUAGUUAAAAUAUACCCAGAUGCUCUCUCACACCCAGACGCGCGCGCAUCCCCUGGCCAUGGGGCGCACGUGAGCCCACGCCCCGCGCACCCAGCCCUGCCUCACGCCAGAGCAUCCUCAGCAGCUGCCACAGAAGCAGCCUCCUCCUCCCUCUCCUCUUCCUCCUCCUCCUACCGCCGCGACGCCGCCGCCGCCACCUCUGCUGCUGUGUCUCCUAUCCCUUCUCAUCCUCCUUCUUCCCCCAGUUCCUGCUCCUCCUCCCAGCCAGCGCCUCCUGCUUGGCGACAUAGGGCAGAACCCUCAGCAGUUGCUCCCUCUCGCUCUUGCCACGAAGAGGCUGGAACAGGAGCUGUGCAAUUAGUUGUAACUGAAAAUGUCUGACAAUCUGGAUAAUGAAGAGAAACCCCCAGCUCCCCCACUGAGGAUGAAUAGUAACAAUCGGGAUUCUUCAGCACUCAACCACAGCUCCAAACCGCUUCCCAUGGCCCCUGAAGAGAAGAAUAAGAAAGCCAGGCUUCGCUCUAUCUUCCCAGGAGGAGGGGAUAAAACCAAUAAGAAGAAAGAGAAAGAACGCCCAGAGAUCUCUCUUCCUUCAGACUUUGAACAUACGAUUCAUGUGGGGUUUGAUGCAGUCACUGGGGAAUUCACUGGAAUUCCUGAGCAAUGGGCACGAUUACUCCAAACCUCCAACAUAACAAAACUGGAACAGAAGAAGAACCCACAAGCAGUUCUAGAUGUUCUCAAAUUCUAUGAUUCCAAAGAAACAGUCAACAACCAGAAAUACAUGAGCUUUACAUCAGGAGAUAAAAGUGCACAUGGAUACAUAGCAGCCCAUUCUUCGAGUACAAAAACAGCAUCAGAGCCUCCUUUGGCCCCUCCUGUGUCUGAAGAAGAAGAUGAAGAAGAGGAAGAAGAAGAAGAUGACAAUGAACCCCCACCAGUUAUUGCACCAAGACCUGAGCAUACAAAAUCAAUCUAUACUCGUUCUGUGGUUGAAUCCAUUGCUUCACCAGCAGCACCAAGUAAAGAGGUCACACCACCUUCUGCUGAGAAUGCCAAUUCCAGUACUUUGUAUAGAAAUACAGAUCGACAAAGGAAAAAAUCCAAGAUGACAGAUGAGGAGAUUCUAGAGAAGCUGAGAAGCAUUGUGAGUGUUGGUGAUCCAAAGAAAAAAUACACAAGAUUUGAAAAAAUUGGCCAAGGGGCAUCGGGUACUGUCUAUACAGCACUUGAUAUUGCAACAGGACAAGAGGUGGCCAUAAAGCAGAUGAACCUUCAACAGCAGCCCAAAAAGGAACUAAUUAUUAAUGAAAUUCUGGUCAUGAGGGAAAAUAAGAACCCCAAUAUUGUUAAUUAUUUAGAUAGCUACUUAGUGGGUGAUGAACUAUGGGUAGUCAUGGAAUACUUGGCUGGUGGCUCUUUGACUGAUGUGGUCACAGAGACCUGUAUGGAUGAAGGGCAGAUAGCAGCUGUCUGCAGAGAGUGCCUCCAAGCUUUGGAUUUCUUACACUCAAACCAAGUGAUCCAUAGAGACAUAAAGAGUGACAAUAUUCUCCUUGGGAUGGAUGGCUCUGUUAAAUUGACUGAUUUUGGGUUCUGUGCCCAGAUCACCCCUGAGCAAAGUAAACGAAGCACUAUGGUGGGAACUCCCUAUUGGAUGGCACCUGAGGUGGUGACUCGAAAAGCUUAUGGUCCGAAAGUUGAUAUCUGGUCUCUGGGGAUUAUGGCAAUUGAAAUGGUGGAAGGUGAACCUCCAUACCUUAAUGAAAAUCCACUCAGGGCAUUAUAUCUGAUAGCUACUAAUGGAACCCCAGAGCUCCAGAAUCCAGAAAGACUGUCGGCUGUAUUCCGUGACUUUUUAAAUCGCUGUCUUGAGAUGGAUGUGGAUAGGCGAGGAUCUGCCAAGGAGCUUUUGCAGCAUCCAUUUUUAAAAUUAGCCAAGCCUCUCUCCAGUCUGACUCCUCUGAUUAUCGCUGCAAAGGAAGCAAUUAAGAACAGCAGCCGCUAGGACUGCAAGCCUUACCCCGCACCAUCUCCCUCAUGAGUAAGACUGAAAACUCUGCUACAGCAAAGAAGGAAGAAAGACAGUCAAAUGGGGUGGGGGGUUCUUUAACUUUCCAAUGAAUAGAAACUUCUUAUAAGCCUUUUUCCUACUCCCUAAGAUUAUGUAAUUUAUUUGUAAGCCUGAAUCGCAGCCCAAACAGGGCAGCAAUGUCAAAGUGGCCAUAAAGUGGUCACUUC